GUACUUAGUGGUAUUUCAAGUUUCUUUGUGGUACAAACAAACCGGAAGUCUGUUAUGUCAGCUGUCAAGUCGCAAAAAAGUUGGAAUUAGCAAUGUCUCUAAAUAAAAGCAAAGAAAAGUCAGUGACAGCUGAAAAACAUAAAGAGCCUUGCCACAAAAAACUAACAGAUGUGGGACUAUACAGUAUUGCAGGGCUGUGUGCAGUUUCUAUGUCACAAUUGUUCAGUGAGGAAUGUCAGGAGAACUUCAAGAAGAAAACACUUACGAAGAUACUGCAUGAGUUUGGUCAGCCAAAACAGACAAAUGACUCGAUGUUUGCCUUAAUGGAAGGGGAGAUAAUGACAGAAUGCGAUGCCUUUGUAGACUCUUUAAUGGCGGAGGAAUGUUUGAAGGAGUCCAGACAACCCCUUAUAGUUGAACUUAUUACAAUAGCAAUCAACGAAGGUUGCUAUGAUGCUCGGAUGCGAGUAUUAAUCAAGCAUAUUGCCUGGCAGCUGAGAGUUACGUGGGAUGAUGUUGAGGCUAUCGAGGAAGAAUUUGCCGAGACAUUAGAAUAUGAUACAUACGUAAUGUCAGAAGAAGAAAUGAAAGAAAAAGCAAAGAAAUCCAGAAAUAGAAAGGUAAAAAGAUAUGCUUUGAUUGGCCUGGCAACAGUAGGAGGCGGAGCUUUGAUAGGUUUGACUGGGGGAUUAGCUGCACCAUUGGUAGCAGCAGGAGCCGGGGCUGUUAUAGGUGGAGCAGGUGCAGCGGCACUUGGAUCUGCUGCUGGUGUGGCUAUAAUAGGGUCACUGUUUGGUGUGGCUGGAGCUGGCUUGACUGGUUACAAGAUGAAGCGGAGGGUUGGGGCGAUAGAUGAGUUUGCCUUUGAACCACUAACAUUGAUGGGUAGUCGACUGAAUUGUGCACGGAGCGUAAAACAACUUCAUAUAACUAUAGCAGUCACUGGCUGGAUCAAUGAUAGAUUACAAGAUUUUAGAAUUCCAUGGAGUGCAUUGGCUGAUUCUAAGGAACAGUAUAGUGUGAGAUGGGAGUCCAAAUAUCUGUAUCAAUUAGGGGAGGCAUUUGACUAUCUUCUACAGACUGGACUUAGUAUGGCUACCACAGAGGCCUUGAAAUACACCGUUUUAUCAGGGAUAAUCAGUGCCAUAGCCUGGCCAGCAGCGUUGAUUGCAGCAUCAGGGGCUAUAGACAAUCCAUGGCAUGUUUGUACACAGAGAGCUACUGAAACCGGGAAACAGCUCGCUGAGGUUUUAUUAGCUAGAGAGCAGGGAAACAGACCCGUCACUCUGAUUGGUUUCAGUCUAGGAGCUAGAGUUAUCUUCUCUUGUUUAGAGGAACUUGCUAAAAGAAAGGGUGGUGAAGGUUUGGUAGAAGAUGUGAUAUUGUUAGGUGCACCUGUAUCAGGGGACCCAAAAAACUGGCAACCACUUAUCAAAGUUGUAGGUGGAAAAAUUGUAAAUGGUUAUGCCAGAGGUGAUUGGUUGCUCAAGUUUUUAUAUAGAACAGCAUCUGUCACAUUCCAUGUAGCAGGUCUGUCCCCAGUGAAAUGGGACAACAGAAGGAUGCACAACAUUGAUCUUAGUGAUAUAAUUGACGGGCAUGGAGAUUAUAAAAAUAAUCUAGACAUUAUUCUAAAAGCUGUUGGUGUUCGCACAAAAGAUGAACUGAAAAUUACACAGAAAUUUACAAAAGAAAUUGGUGAAUUAAAAGAAUUCCCUAUAAAACCUGAUGUUGAAAACGUGAAUGGAGCUUGCGUUACAAACACAGGAAACGUUAGGGAAUCAAACUCUGAAAGUAGAAAUGACAAUGAAGCCAAUAAAUCUAGAACUUCUAGUGAAUUGAAGCUUGAAGACUCAAGUUUAAAAUUUGUGGACAUGGGUGAAGCAGAUACAGGCAGCAAAACAACAGCAACAAGUGAAACUCCUUCCAAUGUUCAAACUGAUGAUAAUAUUACUAAAGGAGUGAGAGAAGACAGUCAUGAUGAGCCUGCAAGUGCAAUUAAGAAACAAAGUGCAAUUAUUGACAAAACAUCUGAGAAAAAUUUAAAUACUCAGGGAGACUUAAGCAAUGGUGAAAGCAUUCCUAAUAAAGAUGGACAUGAAAAUGCUGGUGAUAAAUCUGGAGAUGGUUUGAAUAGUAUGGGGUUUGUAUGUGUGACAGAUCAGGACAAGUUAAAGAGCAAGGAUACUGAUAAAUGUGUAACAGCAGGAGAUGAAGAUGAAGAAGGGUGUUACUUUACAGAUUCAAAUCCUGAAUCUGAUGAGGAAGAUGAAAAUGUAGUAAAAUCAUAGUUAUUAACCACCUAUACCAGAACAUAUACACAAAUACUUUCAUUUAUUUGCGGCAGGUACUUUACUAGCAAAUAUAGAUAUACCUAUUAACCACCCAGAAUAUGAUUAAUACUUUUGACUCAAAAAUGAAAUAAACCAUAUUCACAUGAAUUUAACUUUCCUGGCAAACAUUUUUUUUCUGAUAAAAACCAUCUAGUUUUUAGGAAAAGAUAGUUGUUUUAGAUAAUAUUCUUUGCUAAUUGAAAAGAAAUCAACUGUUAUAAUAAGUAAAUGCCUUGUGGCAAAAUACUGUAACCGUGGUACAAGUUCUUUGGUUUAAGGAAAAAUAAUAUGUAGUGUUUAUUCUUGAAGCUAUUUGAUGGCUCAGUGCUUGUUGUUAUUGUUGCUGUACAAACUGAAGACAAAUUUAUAUGUAACUUGAUUAUUAUAUACAUGUCUAGAAAUGUUCAGUUCUUCAGCAGAACAUACUCUUAGGGUUUGCAAGAUGUAGACACAAAUUACGCAACAAGUGAUCUUAAGAACUCGGCAAAAUGUAGCUUUAGAAAUAAACUGUACAAGAUGGUUUGCCAAAACUACUGAAAGAAAUUGGUUGAAACUUCAUACACUUUUUUGAGAGCAUAAUAGGAGGUCCCUGUUCUACACCCAUAACUGUAACAUGGACUUUAACAGAAUUAUGGCUCUUUUUGAACGUGAAAAAUUCUUCUCUUGUUUUACAAUCAAGCACUGAGAAUAGUUGUGCACGCUGUUCUACUGACAGGUCUUGUUGUUACAAGUUUUUGGAAUAAUUUAUAUAGCCUAUUUAGUAUAACCUUAACAUAGGUAUAGUUAUUUUAUUUUUCACAUUGAUUAACUGUAUCUUGUACAGGACAGAAAUUUCUCGCACUUCACAUAAAUUAUGAUCAUUUAAUUAUAUCAUAAUGCAGUUAUUUAGUAUCAUUCAUUCUUGUGAUAACCUUAUAUUUUUUUCUCAAGAUAUUCUACAAAAAAAACAGAUAAUGGAUUUGUUUUAAGAAUUUUUUGAAGGCAUUGUUAUAUAAACUGUGUUCAUGUAUCAUACAUUUUACUUAUGAUUUUCUUAUAAAUAUUUAUCAUUGGUGCUUUUAAUAAAAAAUAAUCAUAUUUUUGUUUAUAUAAUCAUAAGAGGUAUCUCUAUCAGGAAAUUAUAUUGUUUUUGAUUUGAUUCAAAUAGGCCAGGCCCCGUGUUCACAAAGAUUUAAGGAUCAUGAUCAAAUUUAAAAACUGAAAUAUUCUCCAUUAUUUAUCCUCAUGAAUUAAUUUUACAGUAAUAACUUAAUAAAACUGGACCUGAAAUAGCAUGUUUAUGAAACUUUAGAAUGAAUUUAUUGUUAUUUUUAGCUCACCUGUCACAAAAUGACAGGGUGAGCUUUUGUGAUCGCUUUUCGUCCGGCAUCCGUCCGGCAUCCGUCCAUCCGUCGUCCGUAAACUUUUACUUUAAAUGACAUCUCCUCAUAAACCACUAAGCCAAUUUCCUCCAAACUUCACAGGAAUGUUCCUUUGGUGGUCACCUUUGAAAAUUGUUCUAAGAAUUUAAUUCCAUGCAGAACUCUGGUUGCCAUGGCAACCAAAAGAAAAAAACUUUAAAUAUCUUCUAAAAAACCCAAAGAGCUAGAGCUUAGAUAUUUGGCAUGAAACAUCUUCUAGUGAGUGUCUAUCAAGUUUGUUCAAAUAAAAGCCCUGGGGUCAAAAUUGGCCCCGCCCCAGGGGGUCAUUGAUUUUCCCUAUAGGCAUAUAGUAAAAACUUAAAAAAUCUUCUUUUAAAGAACCAAAAGAGCCAGAGCUAAGAUAUUUAGCAUGAAACAUCUUCUAAUGGGUGUCUACUAAGUUUGUUCAAAUAAAAGUCCUGGGGUCAAAAUUGGCCCCGCCUUAGGGGGUCAUUGAUUUUCCCUAUAUACAUAUAGUAAAAACUUGAAAAAUCUUCUUUUAAAGAACCGAAAGAGCUAGAGCUAAGAUAUUUAGCAUGAAACAUGUUCUAAUGGAUGUCUACCAAGUUUGUUCAAAUAAGAGCCCUGGGGUCAAAAUUGGCCCCGCCCUGGGGUCAUUGAUUUUCCUUAUAUGUGUAUAGCAAAACUUAAAAAAUCUUCUUUGAAAAAACCAAAUAGCUAGAGUUUAGAUACUAAGCAUCAAACCUCUUCUAAUGAGUGUCUACCAAGUUUGUUCAAAUAAAAGCCCUGGAGUCAAAGUUGGCCCGCCCUGGGGGACAUUGAUUUGCUUUAUAUGUGUAUAGCAAAAACUUAAAAAUCUUCUUUGAAAAAACCUGAAUAGCUAGAGUUUAGAUAUUAAGCAUGGAACAUUUUCUAGUAAGUGUCUACAAAGAUUGUUCAAAUAGAAGUCCUUGGGUCAAAAUUGGCCCUGCCCAAUGUGUGUCAUUGUUUUUGACUAUAUGUGUAAAGAAAAAACUUGACCAGCUAGACCUUAGAUGUUUAGCAUGAAACAUUUUCUAAUGGGUGUCUACCAAGUUUGUUCAAAUAAAAGCCCUGGGGUUUAAACUGGCCCCGCUCCGGGAGCGACUUCAGGGCUAUCAUGGCCCUCUUGUUACAAGAUAUGGGUAUUUUACAGUUGAUCCAAAUUUUGAUCUUGAUCCUAAAAUAGAUCCUCAUUUUGAUCCGAUUAUUUUUGUAUUUGUUUUGUAAUUUGUUGAUUUUAUCCCAAAAUAGGUUGGUUUCUUUGCAAAUAAGCAAUUAUUUAUAUUUCGAAUAUUUACCAUUUAAUUCUAGCAUAAUACGAUCAGUUUUAGUUUUAUAAAACAAUGAAAAUAAAGUCAGGAUCAACUGAUCCUGAUCUUUUCUUUGUGAACACAGGGCCGGGUUUUUAUGAGACUCAGAAGCAACAAGUAGUAUUUUCUAGCGCAGUCCAAAGUCUUGGAGCUGAUAAGAAGAAAUAGAUUAGGACUCAAUGUUAUAAAAUAUUUCCUCAAUUUUCAGGAUUUUCAUUGGCCAAUUGUACACUCAGAUACCCAAGCUGAGAAAUUUCUUUUUAACAUCAUACCCUGAAUUCUUGCACAUCAGACAAGAAUAUCUACUGUUUACAAUGAUGCUAGAAAAACCUGUCUUACACCUACCAUGUAAGACAAGUCACUUGCUUUGAUUGAUGUCAUUCCCGCUUGCCUUUCAUGAAUGAUUUGCAUUCUUAGAAUGACAUCAGUUUGACAUUAUGAAUGUUGUAAAUCCAUAUGCUUCUAUAAGAAACUAGAAAUGUGUCCAUAGGACACAGAUACCCCCACACGCCACUGUUCUGUCAAUCUUAUGACUCUAGGUCAAAUAUUUUUUGGACUACAUGUGCCACAAGUAGAAAACUAAAAUUCAACAAAGGGCCAUAAUUCUAUUAAAUUUGGUCGCAGCAAAAAUUCCUUCCUUUACUACCAUCUACACAUUAAGGUUGUUAAUCCCUGGAAGUUUAAGCAAAAUCUGCCAUCCGGUUUAAGAGGAGUUGCGUUCACAAAAUUUCUACAUAGUAUAUAAUGAAAAAAUCAACAAAGGGCCAUAAUUCUGUUAAAUUUGGUUGCAGCAAAAAUUCCUUCCUUUACUGCCAUCUACACAUUAAGGUUGUCCAUCCCUGGAAGUUUAAGCAAAAUCUGCCAUCCGGUUUAAGAGGAGUUGCAUUCACAAAAUUUCUACAUAGUAUCUAGUGAAAAAAUCAACAAAGGGCCAUAAUUCUGUAAAAUUUGGUCGCAGCGAAAAUUCCUUCCUUUACUACCAUCUACACCUUAAGGUUGUUCAUCCCUGUAAGUUUAAGCAAAAUCUGCCAUCCGGUUUAAGAGGAGUUGCGUUCACAAAAUUUCUACAUAGUAUCUAGUGAAAAAAUCAACAAAGGGCCAUAAUUCUGUUAAAUUUGGUGGCAGCAAAAAUUCCUUCCUUUACUACCAUCUACACAUUAAGGUUGUUCAUCCCUGUAAGUUUAAGCAAAAUCUGCCAUCCGGUUUAAGAGGAGUUGCGUUCACAAGAUUUCGGGACGGACGGACAAGUGCAACGCUAUAUGCUCCCACAUUGUGGGGGCAUAAAAAGUGCUAAAUGAAAAUAGUAGUUAUCGUAAUUUCUUUCCUUAUGAUUAAUUUGUUACAUGGAAAAAAAGAAUUAGACAUUUGCUGUCAUCUCAGAUACGAAUAUCUAGCUCUCGGUUUUACUCGGCAGAGCCUUACUACCGUAAACAGUUACCCUCGAGCUAGAUAUUCCGGCCUGUAUUCUCGUACAAUUAUUGUUUUAUAACAUACCUCAAUGAAUUUAAACUAUAUAUUCAACUGUUACUUAUUGCCACAAUAUCAUCAAUGUCAUUCUGGAUACAUUUGUAUACAUAGUGGAUAGUAGUAUUUUUAUGUCAAACAUGUAUGUGAUACAUGCAAUAAAUACACUCCUAAUCUGUAUAAUAAUAAAUAAUUGAUUCAAGACCAGGAUUAUACUAAAAUCUGAUAAUCUGUUAGUUUUUUAAUCAACAAAAUUUGCUCAUAAUUUUGAAGAAAGAAGUGUUUAUUUACAACUUUGAAUUUUCAUAGCAGACUUACUUUGAGGACUUGUAGCUGAAAAGAAAUAUUGAGGCUACACUCAGAUAAGUUUCCAUGUAAAUAUUGCACAUAUUAUUUUUUUACUUUGCUAGUGUAUCAAUGAGACCACCUUGUUUUCAUUAUGUUUCUUCAUUUUUUAUUAAAAUGCUAUUUGUUUAGAUUUCUGUUAUUGAUUUGUUUAAAGGGGAAAUGCAAUAUUUUGAAAAGCUGCUGUUUAGUCAUAUAAGCUUGUUUUGUUUUUUCUUUUUGCUGUUUUUGUUGUUUUUUUAGCCCACCUGUCACAAAGUGACAUGGUGAGCUUUUGUGAUCGCUUUUCGUCCGUCCAUCCGUCUGUCGUCCUUCCGGUGUCCGGCCAUAAACUUUUACUUUAAACUGUUAUAGACAUCUCAUAAACCGCUAAGCCAAUUUCAUCCAAACUUCACAGGAAUGUUCCUGUGGUAGUCAACUUAAAAAAUUGAUCAAAGAAUUUAAUUCCAUGCAGAACUCUGGUUGCCAUGGCAACCGAAAGAAAAAACUUAAAAAAUCUUUUUUAAAAAAACCGAAAGAGUUAGAGCUUAAAUAUUUGGCAUGAAACAUUGUCUAGUCAGUGUCUACCAAGUUUGUACAAAUAAAAGCCCUUGGGUCAAAAUUGGCCGGGGGGAGGGGGGUCAUUGAUUUUCCUUAUUUGUAUAAAGUAAAAACUUAAAAAAUCUUCUUCUAAAAAAAUCAAAAUAGCUAGAGCUUAGAUAUUAAGGUAUAAGGACCCUAAUGGGCACUAUAAGGAACUGAAAAAUUGACAUCAUAGGUCAGAUGUAUACCUUAAAGUACACCUGUAUGCAAAAUUUAAACAAAGUUUACCGUACGGAAAUCAAGUUAUGGCCACUUUUCUGAACUCAAGCUAGGAUGUUAUGAGGGCCCUUUUUUAGAAAUGAGGAAUCUUUAAAUAAUCUGCAAUAACUUUCUAAUGAAAAAUGUUUUCCCAUUAAUUUUUGGUAAGAAACAAAUAGUACCAUUCAGCUAACAAUCCACAUAAGCAAAAUUAUAGUUUCUACAUAAAAUUUAUGAAAUCUGUAUAAAAAAUGUUACCCUACCCCACCCAUUUUUACCACGUGUCUGACCAUUUUUCUACUUAGGGAGCCUAAUUUAAAAAAUUCUUUAAAUUUACCCAAAUGAAUGCCUGUUUUCAAAGUUUCCCUAAAUUUUUAAAAAAGUAUAUUGGUUGAUCUUGUAAAAUAUGAAAUACUUUUACCGUCUAGUUUUGAUUAUAUUACACUUUGAAAAUAUCAGGUAUCAUAUUUAUUACUAGAUUUAGCAUAAUUUAGCCAAUAAAUACCUAUAUAAAUUAAAAAAUCAAAAUUAAACACUUUUUUCUUUCCAAAUGGGACAUGAGAGAUACAUAAAUAAUGUUAAAAGAAAAAAAGAAAGAAAAAAAAAGUUGACCCUUCUGGGGAUUGAACCCAUGGCCCUCAUUUUCAAUGUAGUUAACAGUAGUUCUAGCCUAUUUGAAUACUCUUCAACGCGGAGGUAAUGCACCUUAAGCAUGAAACAUCUUCCAGUGGGUGUCUACCAAGUUUGUUCAAAUAAAUGCCCUAGGGUCAAAUUUGGCCCCGCCCCAGGGGGGUCAUUGUUUUUUCCUUUAUGUAUAUAGUAAAAACUUAAAAAAUAUUUUUUUAAAAAUUAUGUUGUCACCAAAAAAAAUCUAAUUCAGCACAUUUUUUUGGUCAUAAGAUUGUCUGCUGUGAUUUUCUUAAUUAUGCCUUGUUUAUGGAACUCUCACAUGUUCCACAUGUUCCUGUGAUAUAUUUUGUCUCAAGAAUCCAUAUUAGAUUUCAUUAUAAUUUUAUAUUCUCCAUAUAGAAUAUCAUUUUAUAUUCUAUUAGCACUGUUCAGAUUGAAUUUAAUGAAUGUUGUGAAUGUUAGACUUUGUUGAAUUGAUAAUCAUAUUAAAACCAUCACUUUAUAUUAUAUUAUAUAUGAAAUCAUAGCUUUAUUUCUGAUUUCUUUUCCACUAUUUAACAAUAUCUACACAAAUGUAUUAUAAACCAGGAAAAGAUUUUGAUUUGUCAGAAUAUUUUCCUAUUUCUUCAUAAAUUUUAAAGCUGAAUGCCUCCAGAUGAACCAAAAUAUUUCAAGAAAACCAAACUUGAGUAAAAAGUACUGACAUUUUAAGAAAAGUUUCAAGGUAAAAGUUCCAUGUGAUUUAUGACCCAUUUUGCAGUAUUUUUCACCAUAUUUCAACUGUGUUACUAAUGCAUUCAGGUUUAUUUUUGCAUAUUUUGACUUCUUUUUGGUAAAUUUACUUUGGUUGCAAUGUGAAAAUUAUUUUCUUUGUUUACUUCAAAAUAUUUUACUUUUUGAUACAUUUUCGGACUUUUUUUUAAUGAAAAUUAGCAAAUUUAAUCUGGAGGCAUGCUGCUUUAAUGUACAGGUAAUUAUUAAAAUAGUAUAAGCCUUAAUUAACUUGAACCACCUGAGACCAUGCAGAGUUUUUAUGUGUUAUAAUAUAGCUUUUUAUAAAGAUUAUGAAUUUUUUUAUCAAUAAAAUAACUUUGCUACAAA